AUGGAGUUGUCGGCAUGGAGAGACUCUGCCCUUGAGGCUGCCUCUCAUUCUCUGUAUGAUGAGAGCUCCACUCGAGCCGAAGAUGCCAGUGUAUUACUAGUCCUACUGUCGUUCUUCUCCCCUUGCGAAAAAAUUCCUCUCGAUCUUUGCGCACGCGGAUCAACACCAAGGAAACGUUGGACAGUCGAGGGAGAGAUUGAGCUUGUCGAUGCAACCAAAGUUGGCCUGGCUCCAGGACUAGUCGACCUCCUAUCAGACACUCAAAGACUUACACAGGCCUUUGUCGAAUUAUAUCAAUCUGCAGCCAUUCUCAUAUACCCAGAUGAGACGUAUCACUUAAAUGAAGAUAUGUCAGCACGAGUUCAUCGGAGCCUUGCCUCGGAUGCCCUCCCCUUUUGGCGACAGCAGGCCUUGAUUGUUGCUUACAGAUCGAUACCUUGGAAGUACUUAGAGUUUCCAGAUCCAGUGGUCAAAUCAUUCCUACCACAUCUACACCAUGUUGCCGAGGCGUUCCAGGACUGUUUUGAUGAGUUACCUACUGUCACUAGAACAGACUUUAUGCUUACUCUCAUCGAGGCUUUCCGAUUCCCAGACAUGGCUUGGAAAUACUUUGCCAUUGGGCAAGCAGAACUGGCCGCUGGGCGCUUGAAAGACACGCACCUUCGCCUUUGCAUUGGACAGACCAAGGCAGUCCUGGGACGCCUAAGUGGGAAUAUGGAUGAAGCAACAAGUAGCCUUCAAGACUUCGUAUCCAACGAUCCAGCUGCAGCGGUGAAUAAACGGGUACGUUGCGAAGUGGGUGUUGCGAUCAUCCAGCGUGCUUUGAACUGCAUUCAGGUGGCAGAUCUUUCCACUGCGCAAAGUCUACUGGAUGAUUGGAACCCUCUUGGUGAUGAUCCCUCGCCUUUGGAGAAGGUACUGAGCUUCCGCAAGCAUUCUCUGUUAGGGAGAGUCAUGCGGUUGCAAGGCAAUUUCAGUAACGCGUUGAGGCUCCUCAAAAUGGCACAUCGAGCGUCACAGGAACCGAAUGAGAUUGUUUUUGAUGAAGAUCUCCGGGACAUGACAUGCGAUCUCGCUGACACUUUGCGAGAACUUGACGAGACUGCGACUGGUGAAGGGUAUCUUCGAGCAGAGAUAAUACGACGGACUGAGAGACCCGAUCCCUUACCUGGCAAGUCACUUCUGGAGCUGGCAUUGGCCGAAGCUCUCUUUGCUCAGGAGCGUUACGAAGAGGCUGCAGAGAUAUGUGCCGACAUUGAGAUACGAACCAGUCUACUCAAAUAUGAGAGACUACGAGUCUAUGUCAUCUUGGCGAAGCUGUCACAUAUCAGAUCGGAUUUCGAGGUCGCGUUAUCGCGAUGGAGCGAGGCGAUGCAGGCACUGCAAGAGUUUUCUCUGGUUGAUGGACAGGUCCAGACCAUCAUAUCUGCGUCCAUGGCUGAUGUUUUGGACGCUCAAGGUCACAACUGGUUAACCCGAGAGUCUCCCAGAAAGGCUUCACUAACUGAAUUGGCAAAGCCACAAGGCGUUCCACAUUGGAUCGCUGGUUUUCGGCAAUGGGCAGAAUAUCUGCACUCAAGGGGGUCUCAGUGUGACACGUAG